UCGGAACUACUCCACCACCAAACAUGUCCCACCGCCACAGCACCGCCUCGGACCAGGAUCCCGACGCAAUCUCGACUUACGAUGGAGCAGCACCUUCACACGUCGAAAAUUCCGUGAGCACUGCUCAAGCCUCCAAGGCAACAACUAAUUUGCCAUUGAGACAAGCACUUCGGAAACCUGUUCCUGGCCUAGAGCCAAAGAUUCACGAUAUCACAGCAAAGUUCACCAGAGCUUGUACUGCCCUCCAAGUUGGCCAGCUUAUUAAAGAUGAAUACUUUACGCUAUUCGAGUCCAUUGGGGCUAUCGAGAUCAUGGAUGCCAAGAUGGACAGCGGCUACCUUCAACCUGGCGAGACUCUCGACGAUGAUUAUGAUACCCUGAAGCCACUCUUACCCGAAGAACUAAUCGGCAUCAUGGACCAACUGCUCUGCCACGAGAUGGCAUGGCACACUGGCUAUCCUCUGUCUCAAACGCUGUUCACUUCGGUGUACAUGGACAAGCUUCUUUGGCCGGAACCCAAGACACUUGAACAAGCGCAGUUCUAUCGGGGCGACAUAUCUGAUGAAAAUAAGCCAGGAACAUUGCUCGAGGUGCUGCGAGCGUACUGUCUAGCGCUCAUCAAAGGCUGUGAUUUCGUCAUAGCUAAGAUCACCAGUAGAGACUACUUUGAAGAGGAAGACUUUUGCACGAAUACGUAUAACCGUGUACUGUUUGUCAGUAUACCAAUGGAUGUGUUUUUGAGAGAGUUGGAUGCCGCCAUGGAAGUUAUGGAAGACAAGGAUCUCCAGAUUGAGGACACUUUUCGAUCAGCCAUUAUCAGUCGACUAGAGUUCAGAAAAGACCUUCUCCGGGCCAUGGACUUGGAUUGCUCACUCGAACACAUGUCGUAUUCCUGGCCUCCGGUAUUGAAAGGCAUUGAUAUGUUCAAAGCCACACACGAACUAGGAAAAGUAGUACCGAGCGCUUUCAGCCCAAAGAUACAACGGAAGCUUGCAGCAACUGUGCCUCCAAGGCCCAUUGUGGAACUCGGAUUUGAGGAUGCGCUAGAAAAACUUCAGCAAAUGUCCAUCGAUUGCGAAGAAGCAACGCGAUUCAUCACCCUCGGACCAGAUCCUCUGGAGUACCAAUCUUUCCUCUGGACUUUCGCCUCCCGCUUACCUGCACCACUAUCAUACUCAAGAUCAUACCUCGCAACAUUACUCUUCCACCCGGAAAUCCUUCAGACAUCAACAUCACUCCCACUAGCAGACGUAAGCUCUCUCGUCUUCCCUUCUUCGCCUUGUCUGGACCCCAUAAACUGGUCACUCUCUCCGCCUCGCAACCCACUCCUUCCAAAACCCCCUCGCCUUCAAUUAGCCAUGCUCAUGGACGAAUUUGUCGACCGUUCUGGACAACCGUAUCUCGACCUCUGGGUUGCGCUGGGCCAGAACCGAUGUCGACUGCGGCGCAUGCUGUCACACGUCGUCGCUGGAUGGGAUCUCCUCCAAGCGGAUGCCAGCCUUGUCGACACCGAUAUCACGCGAACAGCAGAAGAGCUGGGUAUUUCCGAUCAGAUACUUGAGUUUUCUUUGUCAACAUGGGCCUAUCACAAGAAGCUAUGGAUGAUUGAAAAGAUCCUCCUCCUAGGCUUCGAGCAAGAGAUCUAUCUUCCCGACGAGUUUGCAGGAAUGUACCUAUUUCUGAGUCUGAUCGCUACUCGGCGCAAGGAGCUUCUCAAACGCGUGGAAAUACACUACCUAACCCGCAGCGAACAGCUUCUCCAGGCCCGGAGACUGCGCGAGACACAGGAUGUUGAAGAUGCUACGCCCUAUCUAGACAGCCUCUUUGUGGAAGCAGGAGGCAUCGCAUCUCUCAGUCUCGCCUUGGCACGCUUUUACAUGGUCUUGCUGUAUCUGGGCCUACUCCCCACCCCCAAGCGGCCCUUUUCCACCGAGGAACUGCGGUACGAACUACGCAUGAAGCCCUUCCACAUGCUCCAGCCCCCAGAAGUCCCAGCGUUUGACGACUUUCAAACCCACACACAACCAUACGGCGCCUUCUCCUCACCAGCAAGCACGUUCUACAGUGAUUUGCAAGACGCAAAGUCUGAUGUUUGGAGCGAAAUCGACACAAGUUUGAAAGCGGCGAAAGGAGCCUUUGCAGAGAUGAAGAAGCUCGGUGCCAAGGCUGCCAAAGCAGAGGGGGUGGAAAAGGCGUGGGUCAAGGAGGUGCAGAGCGCGUUGGCGAGUUGUAUCGCGCUUGGUGUUGCGGUUGCAGGGGUUAAGAAUGCUGUGCUGAAAAAGGACAUUGCUGCUGGGGAGGAUAUGGGUAUCAAGGUCGAGGUUCCCGAGGCGGGUACUGGGAAGCGGUAUGCUGAAGGGUGGGUAGUGGCGAAGGUUUCGAACAAGUAGCCGUGACAGGGGGAUAUGCGAGUUGGUAUCGUAUAGCGCUAAGAAGUUGACAUAUUCCUUCUCGAUAAACUUGCCUUUGAUUAAGCCUCUUAAUGCAAUACUCUUCUCCUUUCUCAACCUAACCUAGGGUAUCGUAUUCAUAUGUACCCGACCCAGACUCCAAAAACGCCAAUCUUGCAGAUACUCGACA